ACAACUCGGAUAUUUAAUUACGUUGUCUACUCACGACGCUGAGCCGGUGCACGAUAUAACAUGUUGUAGCUUUAAGUGUUUAAGAGGUCGCCUUCUGCCUUAGCAAUUUCGGUGUUGGGACUCCUGUGGUGACAGGUGAUGAAACAUGGAUCCACCACUGGGACCAAGAAACUAAACUGGAAACCAUGCAAUGGAAGCACCCCAUCCGCCUCCGAGGAAGUUUGGCACUCAACCAUCGGCUGGCAAGUUCGCACACGGACCCGACAAGCCGUUCAGUGAUGUGGUCGAGAAAGGUAUGUCCGAAAGCAAUGGCUUCGCUGAGGUUUGGUCUGAUGCUGGCACUGGUGUUUAUCAUUGGAUAUUACGCUUACUUUGCAGUUUAUACCCCAACCCAACACAUCUCUAGCCUCAAAGCCUCCCAAGCCAGCACAGCUUCGCCUAAUAGCCAGCCCAAUGAGAACUUCAAAGCGACAGUUUGGUUGAAAAGAUCGGAGUUCCUGAACUCAACGGCUUUGUCAAGAAAACAAAUCCUCCCAUCUGGGCUGCAAGUGACCUUCAACAUAGACAACAAAACCAACAAAAUCCUGUCGCAGAGCAUCGACGAUCCAUCCCUUCUGAAACCUGAAAUCACAGUCGUUACAGCAUAUUUUAACAUUGGCUCAUUCGCCAAGGGUCAAACAUCCAACGUGCACACACCAAGCCGUUAUAUGCAAUGGAUGAAGGUGUUUGGCAGAAUCAGGAACAACCUUGUCGCAUAUACCGAUUCUAGAGAUGCCUUUAAUUUACUUACUAACCUCAGACGGAAGUUCCCUAGCAACAUGACAAAGGUUUUCCUUAUAGACAGGGCCAAUCUCUGGUCCUUCUCUUUGGCUGGGGAAAUUCGAAGUAUUUACAGUCAGCCUAACUAUCCACAUCAUCAUCCGAACACAGUUAACGAGAACUACUCAUGUGCGAUGCAUGCAAAGUUUGAGUUAGUUAACAAAGUCUUAAUGGAGGAACUGUUUCCUACCAAAUAUUUCUGUUGGUUGGAUAUUGGACUCUUUCGUGCUCUUGCUGAUGAUAACUCGGUGUUCAAGCUUCAAAUACCACACGAAUGGGACAGAGAAAGAGUCGCUUAUAGCCGUGUGUAUGGUUUUAACGAUAAAGCUACAAUAGAAAGCGUAAUCAAAGGGAACAGUGUAUGGGUGGGCGGGGCCAUGUUUCUGGGAACUCCUGAAGUGUUACACAAGUAUACCGAGGACUAUAUGAAUACAGUAAAAAUGUUGUUGAAACAACGUUUAAUGAACACAGAUCAGCAGGUUAUAUAUUCAAUGUAUCUCCCGUCAUCUAGAGUCAAGCCUCGGGUUCAAAUCCAGUUAUUUUCUGGAAAGAACAGCCGAUACAAUCCAUGGUUUUAUCUUGGUUACCUAUGCAGAGAGACAACAGGUCAAUUUCGUAAAUAAUCCAGUCAUAAUCCAAUUGGUAUUCAAGCACUUUCAGUUCCCCCUAAUCCUAAAAGUAACAAAGUUAUAGCAAUUGUCUGAAAAAGAAUACGCCACACUAAUGUAGUCCUCUAUGCAAUGCAUAAAUGGUGAUCAGUGAUUAUAACAGGUGUUCGCGAAAAGUGUGCACCCGUCAUAAUCACAUACACCGAUAUGGGAAGUUUUCACCUGAACAGUCAUGAGAACAUAUUGUAGCCAAAAUAAGGAAUUGCAUUUUGGCCACCAAACUUUGAAAUGUCAUCCACAUGUUUACCAUAACAUAUUAUGAAAGUGCUCGUCCAAUUAAAAUUUGGAUAAGUUCCUCAAACACAACUUACUUCAAUUAUUAGUUUUGCAGUUUCUGAUUACCCUGCUUAAAUAGAGAGUUUCGCAGCUUCACACAUGACCAUUUUGACAAUGCCUGUCUCACCCAUGGCUUUCUUAACAAAACCACAACUUAGCGUAUGACAAUGUCACAGUUUUAUGCAUUGCGUAAUCGAAAUUCUGUCAGUUUUACACGUAUCCUUAACGGCAAUGUCUCAGUCUCACACAUGACCUUUGUCUCACUAACACACGUGGCCUAAACAACGAUGUCUCAGUCUCACACAUGACCUUUGUCUCACUCUCACACAUGACCUUUGUCUCACUAACACACAUUGCCUUAACGACAAUAUCUCAGUCUCACACAUGACCUUUGUCUCACUCUCAUACAUGACCUUUGUAUCAGUCUCACACAUGACCUUUGUCUCACUCUCACACAUGACCUUUGUCUCACUAACACACAUGGCUUUAACGACAAUAUCUCAGUCUCACACAUGACCUUUGUCUCACUCUCAUACAUGACCUUUGUAUCAGUCUCACACAUGACCUUUGUCUCACUAACACACAUGGCCUUAACCACAAUAUCUCACUCUGACACCUGACCUUUGUCUCACUCUCGCGCAUGACCUUAACGACAAUGUCUCAGUCUCGUACAUGACUUUUGUCUCACUCUCACACAUGGCCUUAACGACCAUGUCACAGUCUCGCACAUCAUCUUUGUCUCACUCUUACACAUGGCUUUUACGACAAUGUGUCAGUCUCACACAUGACCUUUGUCUCACACUUACACAGGUUCUUAACGACCAUGUCUCAGUUUCGCACAUGACCUUUGUCCCCUCUCACACAUGACCUAAACAACAAUGUCGCAUUUUCACACAUGGGCUCAUAGAAAAGAGUCUCAGUUUCAAACAUGUCCUUAACGAUAAUGUCUCACAUACACACAUGGCCUUAACGACAAUAUCACAGCUUCACACAUUUUCUAACAAUCUCACAGCUCAACACAUGUCCUUAACGACAACAUCACAGCUUCGCUCAUGUCCUAUACGACAAUGUCACUGCUCCACACAUGUCCUUAACGACAAUGUCACAGCUUCACACAUAUCCUUAACGACAAUGUCACUGCUCCACACAUGUCCUUAACAACAAUGUCACAGCUCCACACAUGUCCUUAACGACAACAUCACAGCUUCGCUCAUGUCCUUUACGACAAUGUCACUGCUCCACACAUGUCCUUAACAACAAUGUCACAGCUCCACACAUGUCCUUAACGACAACAUCACAGCUUCGCUCAUGUCCUUUACGACAAUGUCACUGCUCCACACAUGUCCUUAACAACAAUGUCACAGCUCCACACAUGUCCUUAACGACAACAUCACAGCUUCGCUCAUGUCCUUUACGACAAUGUCACUGCUCCACACAUGGCCUUAACGACAACAUCACAGCUUCGCUCAUGUCCUUUACGACAAUGUCACUGCUCCACACAUGGCCUUAACGACAACAUCACAGCUUCGCUCAUGUCCUUUACGACAACGCCACAGCUCCACACAUGUCCUUAACGGCACUGACUCGUGAAGAUCCGGGGUAGAAUAGGUCUUCAGCAACCCAUGCUUGCCGUAAAAGGUGACUUUGCUUGUUGUAAAAGGCGACUAACGGGAUCAGGCGGUCUGGCUCGCUGACUUUGACUUGGCACAUUGAAUGAUAUACAAAAAGAAAAAAAAAGAUAAGCACACCCUGAUAUAUUCCAUUAAAUAUAAGCACACCCUGAUAUAUUCCAUUACUGUUGGCCCGUGAAGACGCCGGGGUAGAAUAGGCCUUCAGCAACCCAUACUUGCCGUAAAGGGGACUAACGGGAUCGGGUAGUCAGGCUCGCUGACUUGGUUGAUGCAUGUCAUCGAUCCCAAUUGCGUGGGUCGAUGCUCAUGAUAUUAAUCACUGGAUUGUCCGGUCUAGACUCGAUUAUUUACAGACCGCCGUCAUAUAGCUGGAAUAUUGCUGAGUGCCAACCAACCAACCAACCUUAAUGACACUGUCACAGCUUCACACAUGUCCUUAACGACAAUGUCACAGCUCCACACACGUCCAUAACUACAAUGCCACAACUUCACAUAAGUCCUUAACGACAAUGCCAAAGCUUCACACAUGUCCUUAACGACAAUGGCACAGCUUUACACAUGUCUUCAGAUACAAUGGCACAGCUUCACAGAUGUCCUUAACAGCAAUGUCAUAGUUUCACAUGUUCUUAUCAACAAUGUUACAGCUUGGCAGAGGUCUUUUACGACAAUAUCACAGCAUCGUACAUGUCCUUAACGACAAUGUCACUGCUUCAUACAUGUGCAUAACUACAAUGUCACACUUUCAUACAUGCCCUCAACAACACUGUCACAGCUCCACACGUGUCCUUAACAACACUGUCACAGCUCCACACAUGUCCUUGAUGACAUUGUCCCUAGGUAGCAUGCCAUCAUCGGCCCGAUGACGUUUUGCUCAUGGGAUCGACAUUGGCCCAACGUCGGCAAACUUCAUCGGCCCUGCAUCGGCAAUGCAUCGGCACUGCACCGGCCCAGCAUCGGCCCAGCGUCGGCGGACAUCGUCGGGCCGAUGAAGUUUUGCUCAUCGGAUCGACAUCAGCCCAACGUCGGCAAACGUCAUCGGCCCUGCAUCGGCACUGCACCGGCCAAGCAUUGGCCCAGCGUCGGCAAACAUUGUCGGGCCGAUGAAGUUUUGCUCAUCGGAUCGACAUCGGCCAAACGUCGUAAAUAGUUAUCUGGCCAGCCAUCCGCCAGACAUAGGCAAUUGUUAUCGACUCAGCAUCGGAUGGACAAUAAUUAUCGGCGCAGCACUGGGUUGACAUUGGCUUGACAGUGAUUAUAGGUUUAGAAUCAGCCUUGUCCAACCUUAAGUCCUAUCACCAUCCAAGCAUUAGUCAUUCAGACUUCAUCACCCUUUCUCUUCUUUGCUGAUUUACAAUGGCAGCUGGGAUGUUCAGUAUUUUAACCUUUCAUAAUAUUUGAUGGCAGUUCUUGAUUUUCCUCCGAAUAAAUGCAAAAGUAUGAAACAAAUGGCUAACAAUUUGCAAUAAUCAUUUAGAAUUAUCGAUAUCUUCAAAAAUAGUCAUCCAAAACAUCCAAACUUAAAUUUUUAACGCUUCGUUAAUUUUUUCAUCUGCUAUUGUCUUAAAUAGGCUGAUGUCAUCUAAAGUAGUUGCCUGCAGAAGUCAUUACUGACAAGAUCUCAUCUUAAAAUUUCAUGUAAAUGAUGCCACAAUAUAACUUUUUAAAGUGUAGUGUAAGGGUACAUAAAGCUAAACAUUUCUAAAAGCUGCAGCUAGCUCUGAUGUUAAAGUUACAAAGAUUAAAGGUAAAACUAAUAAAAUAUUGAAUUUUUAAAAAGAUAAUAAUUUUUUAUCAUAGUUAAUACUUUGAAAACCAACUGUAAGUAAUAUGAAUACUUCUAGCUGUACAAAACAAUCGAAAUGCUUACACUAGUUACAGUCCUUUUUGUGUGUACCCUAAUACAUGUGUAGUUAAUACUUAUAAUUAAACACAAAGAGCAAAAUAGAAUACUAAACUUUAUUAUUAAUUUAUUAUUAUUUACAAGAAAACAGUGUAACUACCUGCAAACAAGGCGGAUGUGAAACAUACAUUCUCCAAACCAGUUUUAAAACUCAGUCUAUAUAUUAUUUCAAGUCUUAACACCUGUUAAUAAAUACAGAGUUCACUCAAGGGAUUUUCUGACAUGGGCCCUUUAUGUGACCAUUUCAUAUGUUCCCUAGGUACACCCACACUUGCCCAUACAGUACAUUGUUAAAAUGCCCCAUUGUAUUUGGAAAUGUGGGCCUUUUUCCAAAUUCAGGGGCUAAAAGCAGAAGGCCCCACCCUAGAAUUAUCGGAAUCCCAGUAAGUAAAUUGAUGAGUUUAUGAUAUGUGUAAAUAACCAUCUCGUCGGCAUUACUUCCUCGACAAGAAACCAUCUCGUCGGCAUUACUUCCUCGACAAGAAACCAUCUCGUCGGCAUAACUUCCUCGACAAGAAACGAUCUCGUCGGCAUUACUUCCUCGACAGAAACCAUCUCUUCGGCAUUACUUCCUCGACAGAAACCAUCUCGUCGGCAUUACUUCCUCGACAGAAACCAUCUCGUCGGCAUCACUUCCUCGACAAGAAACCAUCUCGUCGGCAUAACUUCCUCGACAGAAACCAUCUCGUCGGCAUUACUUCCUCGACAGAAACCAUCUCGUCGGCAUUACUUCCUCGACAGAAACCAUCUCGUCGGCAUUACUUCCUCCACAAGAAACGAUCUCGUCGUCAUUAUUUCCUCGACAAGAACCAUCUUGUUGGCAUUAUCUCCUCAACAAGAAACCAUCUGGUCGGCAUUACUUCCUCGACAAGAACCAUCUCGUCGGCAUUAUCUCCUCAACAAGAACAAUCUCGUCGUCAUAUUCACUUCAUUCAAAUGGAUCAAUAUAUGUACAUCUUCAGGUGAACACCCCUUUGGUUUUGAGGUGUGCCUGCCACCAUUCUUGGUAUGUGUCGUGUGUCAGAUGCUACAGCUAUGCUUGAAUUUCGGUAGUUUGUGUUGUUGUACUAUUCUCUCCUGAAGUACUAUCCACCAUGAGAUCCUUUAAACGCUACCAUAAUUGACUCAUAGGUUGGUGACAUAUCACCAGUGGGGACAGGGUGUUUGGGGUUAUUUGACCUAGCAUCCAUGUCGAUAGUUUACACUGAGGCCAGUGCCAGGCCACCGGAAGUGCCAAGUGUGCAAAGUUUGCAAGGUUCUCACUGUUGAUGAAUAUGGGGUAACAGCAUUUGUUUCCAUGUCUAUUAUUUUAAACAAUAAAUACCCCUUCAACCUAAUCAACCGUUGAGUGAGUGAGUAUGGUUUAACGCCGCUUUAUGCAAUAUUCCAGCAAUAUCACGGCGGGGGACACCAGAAAUCGGCUUCAC